CCACCCGCUGUGCGGGCUCUCGGCCGGUUCCGGUGCGCCCAUGGUCGGCGCUGCGGACCGGGAGGCUGGCCCGGCGGCUGCGGCGUGCUGAGAGGGCGGCGUGGGGACGAUGCGGGCCCCGCACGGUUGCUCCCGGCCUGGCCACCUUCUGGCUCCGGCCUUCUUCCUGCUGUUGCUGUCCGUUCUGAACGGGUCCGGGGCGGCGCUGUCCACGGCGGCCAGGGCGGCGCCAGGAUCCGGGCCUCCCGAGUCCGGGCCGCGCACACAGUCCCCGCUGCCUCCCGGCCCCACCGCUGCCCAGCCCCGGGGCCAAGCUCAGGGUGAAGCCGCCGGCCCUCGAGGCACGGAGGGCCGCAAUGGCAGCAGCCCCGGAGUGGGGCCUGAGGCGGAUGGCCUCGGAGGGAAGGCCGCGGAAGGCUCGGCCGGUGGCAGCUUGGCUGCUGUGAGCCCCAACCCUGGCGAGAAGCCCAUGACCCAGCGGGCCCUGACCGUGUUGGUGGUGGUGAGCGGCGCUGUGCUGGUGUACUUCGUAGUCAGGACCGUCAGGAUGAGAAGAAGAAACCGCAAAACUAGGAAAUAUGGAGUUUUGGACACUAACAUAGAAAACAUGGAAUUGACACCUUUAGAACAAGAUGAUGAGGAUGAUGACAACACAUUGUUUGAUGCCAAUCAUCCUCGAAGAUGAGAAUGUGCCUUUCAUGAGAAGACUUCAAAUUUCUACUGAAGAACAGUUUCUAUGUCUAAGGAAUAAGAAGCCACUCUGUGGAGGGGAGGGGAAUUUAAGUUGCAGACAUUUAUGACAACCUUUAAUUUGUUGUUACCGCAAUAAAUAUUGUAUCAUUUUGUUAUAUCUUUGUAUAUUUGGAACUGCUCUAUUAAUGGGCUCCAUGCUGUUAGGGACAAACUGUACUGUACUGAUUUUGCAUUUGAAAAUUAUUUUAAAAUGGUGUUUCUGAAGCGCUUUUGUUCCUUUUACCAUAUUAUUGUAACCUGUUCUCUUUGGAGUACUAAUUAGUUAUUGUUAAUUAUCUUGUUAGCAUCAUAAUUUAAAGAACUUUAAGCCACAACUAACUGGUAUGAAAAAAAUAAUUAAAAUUCUUCUUUACUAAAAAUUUCUCAUCUUUAUGGGGAAAGAAAGCCAAAUUUGUUAUGUUGUUUUUGAGUUUUUAAAUAGUAGUAAUUGUCUGUGCUAUUGUAUGCAAAAGAAUGAAUGUAAUUUAAAAUUAUUUAAAGUGGUACAGACAGAAUGUGUUUACAAAAUAAACACUCCAUUGUUAUAUAGUAA